AUGCCUGCGGAUUUGAUUUUUGGUGGAGUCGAAGGGGGUGCCACAGUAAGCACGAUUAUUUUAUUUAAUGGUCAAGGUGAACCUCUUGCGGAAUGUAGUGGACCAGGAACUAAUUAUUGGAUUUUGGGAAAAGAAGAGACUUGUCGCAGGAUAGCCGACCUUAUUGGAGAAGUAAUUAAAAUUGCUAAUCUACCUUCAAAUACAAAAAUUGAGUGCAUGUGCCUGAGCUUAAGUGGAGCAGAGGAGAAGUCAGCUAACGAAGCAUUAAGGCAAGUUCUCUUAGACAAAUACCCUGGUUUAUGUGAAAAAUAUGUCAUUUGCAGUGAUGCUGUAGCACCCAUUGCUGUAGCUCAUGAGGACGGUGGUGUUGUCCUGAUAGCAGGCACUGGCUCUAAUUCUCUUCUCAUCAACCCCGACGGCUCUAAAGUCCGCUGCGGGGGCUGGGGUCACAUAUUAGGAGAUGAAGGAUCAGCUUAUUGGAUAAGCCAGAAAGCAAUAAAAGUGUACUACGAUGACGUAGACCAGCUGUCACUUGCUCCGAAUGGAUUCAGUACUCAAGUUGUCUGGGAAACGAUCAAGUCGUUAUACCAAGUUGAGAAUAGACUUGAUCUGCUGAAGCACCUGUACAAAGAAAUGCAAAAGUCUCACAUAGCCAAACUGUGCAAAGAGCUGGCAGAGAAAGCUCAGGAGGGAGAUCCGCUGUGCAAAUGGCUGUUCGAGGAAGCUGGUAAAGAAUUGGCAAAACAUGUGCAAGCAGUGAGCAAGGGUGCCGACAAGAAGCUGCUGUCAUUACCAGGGGGACUGCCAGUGGUGUGUGUAGGCUCCGUUUGGAAGAGUUGGUCCCUGAUGAAGGCUGGGUUCAUGCGGCAGAUCAGGGAGCAUCCAGUUCCGACACUGCAGGAGGCCUCACUGAUUGCGCUGAAAACCAAUGUUGCCAAAGGGGCAGCUUACAUCGCCGCAAAGGCAGUUGGCCAUUCAAUGCCUCGUGAUCACACCCAGAACUAUAGGGUCUUCUUUCAUUUUGACUUGAAUGAAGAAGGAGAUGCCUGA